ACUCGAAACCCAAACCCUCACGAAUUGAAACCCUCAGAUUGAGGGGUAAGAAUCGGAAUGGUUCGUCUUACGUCUCGUCGUCACUUCUCACAGGAGGCCACCUGGUCACAAACGUGUCACCACCUCUAGCUCCCCCCACCCCCACCCCAACCGCCUUCCUCCAUCGUACACACACACUCAUCACUCCGUUAUCCACCCACACAUUUUAAUCGUCGCUGUUUCGAUACAACAUUUUAUCCACAAUCCUCUUCACUCAUGAGAAAUAAUAAUGCGGUUGCAUGUUUCAACCGUCAAAUUGCUGCAGCACUUACAAGAAGAGCUUUAUAUAAUGCUCAUUCAUUUAGGGCUGUUCCCUGCAGAUGUUUUUCGACGAGAUUCUCUAGUGUACAUGGGGAAAAACCCUCAGCAGAGUAUGCCAAGUUAAGGAAGGAAUCACUCGAAAGUGAAUUUGGAAAUGCACUUACUUCUCGAUCCAAACGUCUCUCAAUGUACUACAGUUUUGGUCCCUUUUUGGCAUUGUAUAGAGCAGCAUAUAUUUCCUACGAGGUCUUCAAGCUUACUUUGGGUCAUUUUUUUAUUCACGACAUUAAAAAACGUUCAGAAAAGUUUUGUGAGACCCUUAUCCGGUUGGGUCCUUUUUAUAUCAAGCUAGGACAAGUUCUUAGCACAAGACCGGAUAUACUACCUUCUGUAUACCGUAAUGAACUUGCUAAACUACAGGAUCAAAUACCCCCGUUUUCAACCAAGGUUGCCAUACGUUCUAUUGAAUCUCAGUUAGGUGCUCCUAUUUCAGAAAUUUUUGCAGACAUCAGCCCCGAACCCGUUGCUGCAGCAUCUUUAGGACAAGUAUAUAAAGCUCAUUUGCAUACAGGGGAGCUAGUAGCUGUAAAGGUGCAAAGGCCCGGUAUGUCACUUUAUUUGACCCUUGACGCCUUGUUAUUUAACAUGAUCGGGGGCCAGUUAAAGCGAUUUGCCAAAGCAAGGAAGGAUAUAAUUGUAGCAGUUAAUGAGACGGUCAGGCAUAUGUUUGAAGAAAUUGAUUACAUCCUUGAGGGACAGAACGCUGAGCGGUUUGCUUCUCUGUACGGUUUCCGUGACUCUCAACAGGAAGAUACGUACCCGAAAGAAAAAUGGGUUAAAGUUCCGAAGAUAUAUUGGAACUAUACUCGAAAAGCUGUGCUUACAAUGGAAUGGCUGGAUGGUAUUAAGCUUAAUGAUGAUGCUGCAUUAAGGGCUGCCGAUUUAAACCGGAAAGAACUUAUAGAUAAGGGUUUGUACUGCUCCCUGAUGCAAUUACUCGAGGUGGGGUUUUUUCAUGCGGACCCUCAUCCGGGAAACCUUGUUGCUACAAAGGAGGGGGCUCUUGCUUACUUUGACUUCGGGAUGAUGGGGGAUAUACCACGUCACUACCGCGUUGGACUUAUCCAAGUGCUUGUGCACUUUGUGAACCGCGACUCUCUGGGAUUGGCGAAUGAUUUUUUGUCUCUGGGGUUUCUUCCGGAAGGGGUCGAUAUGCAGUUGGUUUCUGAUGCGCUUAAAUCAUCCUUCGGUGAUGGCACCAGACAGUCCCAAGAUUUCCAGGCGAUAAUGAACCAACUCUAUGACGUUAUGUACGAGUUCAACUUCGCUCUUCCACCCGAUUAUGCAUUGGUAAUCAGGGCACUAGGCUCCCUCGAAGGGACAGCAAAAACAUUGGACCCUGAAUUUAAGGUCGUCGAAAGCGCAUACCCUUUUGUCAUUGGACGGCUUCUGGUGGACCCCAGUCCCGACAUGAGGAAGAUAUUAAGAGAACUCCUUAUCCGUAACGACGGUUCCGUAAGAUGGAACCGCCUAGAACGCCUGGUAGCAGCGAUAUCCGAACAGUCCUCUAAUAAGUCUGGGGAAGCGGAUAAGGAUGCUAAGAAACCGUCUACAAGUCCGCUGGAGGGGAAUUCGUUCGAUGUGCAUGCCGUUGUUGCUGCUACAGAAGAUCUUGUAAAGUUUAUUUUAUCUGAUAAGGCGUUCCGUGUGCGCCUUUUUAUCAUUCGUGAUAUAGUCAAAGUGGCAGAUAUAUUUCUUCAAGACCAAGUUACGUCUUGCAUGUUUGAUGAGAAUCUUGAGCCAAGGUUUACAGUGGAAUCUGAGGGGCAUGCUACUCUGAAAAGGGUGGUUAAUGGGUUGUUCUACUUUUGGCAAGCGGUGAAAAUGGCACCGGAAGCAUGGACGGCUAUGAUGAUUCGAAUGGCGUUAAACCCCGAGAUUCACAGAUUUUAUUUUGAUAUUGUUUCGGCCUUGUUCUUGCAUUCUAACCGUAGGAUCCCAGACACAAUGUGGAUUUGUCUAUCCAGAUUUCUUCAUAAAUUGGUGAAAUCUUAGCAAGUAUCAAAGUGCAUUCCGAGGUUGUACAUCUAUAUGAUUAUGGUACAUUUUUAUAGGAAUCAACUGACCGUUAUAUGACCCUUGAAACGAGUUUGUUGAAGAUUAGUGCUCUUAUAGAGAUUCAUGGUAAUUUAGUCAUUUCCAUAUGUAUAAACAACUUUAGAAACAGUUUUUAUGUUCGAAAAAAUAUAUAUAACCCGAGAUAAUAAGAUAGUAAAUUUUUUAUGAGUUAA